AUGAACGCAGAGAAGGGAGACAAGGGAGAAACUAGCGAAACCGGACGGGUCGCCGAACAUGAAAACGCUAGUGGCCUUGAUAUGUCCAAUGCUGACCUUCCAGAUUGUGGCGAACCCUUAUCAGGAGCAGAAAUGAGCAGUCCAAUAAGGAUGGAAGACCCUGACAGCACAGGUAGUAAGGAAGGAAACGCUGUCGGCAGUCUUACUAUGAAAAGACCCUAUCAGAAUGAAGUCCCAACAGCCGAGGCCGAAGCUCUUGCGCGUCGAAAUACAAGAGCUAGACUUUUGCCAGUUGAGGACGGAGUAGCUCGAGACAGGAGUCGCAUGACAUCCUCAGGGUUGAGUACUCAUGGAGAAUUGUCCGAUGUAGUGUUACGUUCGUUAAGCCGGUCUCAAACAAGUUUCAGUGAAAGCGGUGACCAGAAUUCAGAAGAAUCAAGCAGUCAGUCACCGUUCGCUAGUGGAUCAGUAUUCGCGACUACAUCCUCAUCGUUAUUGCAUAAUUGCAGUGAUAAUGGCAAUCGCAUGGAAUCGGCGGCAUCGCUGUUGCUGCACCAAGCCCAAAUGAGAGAUCUGCUUGCCGCUCUAUGCACCAUGGAUUCCCAUAGAAAUUUGACAAACAUGGAUGCUUUGAGAAACUGCAAUACAAACGUUACUACUCAUAUAUCUCACAUGGAUAACGAAGCUCCCAGUAGAACAUACACUGCAGUCGAAAACCUUCUUGCCUUGAUUCAAGCUCGAUCGGACAGGAUUUCUUCGAACUCUUCUACUCCUUUCGCGAGCUUGCCAACAAGUAACUUGGAGAUGCGCAACUUGCCGUCCGUACCAGCAAUUUCAAACACCCAAUUCGCAAAUAGCAUUCGAGAUCAAAUGCUACAAAUGAGACUGCUAUCCCCGGUUAAUUGUUCCAUUUCCAACACUACGCGUGGAAAUUCUGAACUUGAACAUUUGGACCUUCUUCUCGCCUCCGUAACGACAAUGCAACAUGAGCAAUCAAAUCACACUUCUGCGGCAUCUCCUCAUUCUCAACUUCGUCAGCUGCUUGAUCAAUUCUCAGGACCGCAGAACAUUGUUUUGAGCGAGCUACAACAGAUGGCAGCAACGGUUCCACAGUUGCAGCAGCCUCUCCCUAUCCAGAAUCCGCAAGCGCUCCAAGUCAUGAGCAUGAAUUCUGCUUCGCUCUUGGCAACCCUUGUUUCCCACCAAAUAAACUUGAACGGCGGCGUGGCUGUAUCUAUGUUGGCACAGCUCGAAGCUGUGAACUGUGCAGCAUCGAGAGCGGCGAGAUUAACUCCCGUUUUUCCGUCGACCGACGACCAUGUGGUGGCCGCACCUCGCACGAAAAGGACUACACUUUCCCUUGCAUGCGACGAAGAGCAGCUUUCCGACUACCAAAUUCUUAUUCGUCGGCAACUCGAAGUUUUUGAAGCAGAGCAGGUUGACGUUGAGUCAAAUACUCAGGGUCGGAAAAAGCAACUCUUCCUUGGACAAGUCGGAUUGCGCUGUAUUCACUGUAUGGCUAUUCCUUCCCGACAAAGGGGUAGGGGUGCUACUUACUAUCCGACGAAGUUGACUGGUGUAUACCAGGCUGCACAAAACAUGGCCAGCAGCCAUCUUUGCGAAUCUUGUCACCACAUUCCCGACUCCCUUAAGGAAAGGCUCCGUAGCCUCCGUGUUCGGCGUGAUACCGCGGGUGGGGGGAAAAAAUACUGGGCUGAUGGUUGUCGAGCGCUUGGUCUUUAUGAGGUGCCGGCAGGGAUAAAAAUUUACCGGUAG